AGAGCACUCGGAUGAACAGCAUCCUUACCUCACAGACGGAGCCGUACGAUCUCUCCUUCUCCCGCUCCUUCCAGAGUCUGUCCCACCUGCCCCCCUCCUACGAGUCAGCAGUGAAAUCAGACCUAAGUAAAUACUCCUCUCUCAAGAGACUCACUGACAAAGACGUGGACGAGUACUAUUCACGCAAGAGGCAUUUGCCGGACCUGGCGGCUCGCGGCACGUUGCCUCUGCACGUGAUCAAGAUGAACCAGGAGCAGCCGGCCCCAUCGCAGCGCCAGCGACCUCGUCGCGUCCAGCGCGCCAUGUCGCAGGACCGAGUGCUGUCCCCAGAGCGGGGCCCGGUGCCCGAGUACGAGACUUCCCCGUACAACGUGUCCCCCUACGGCGGCCGGAUCCUUUCCGACGAGCAGCUGCUGUCGGCCGAGCGCCUGCAGUCCCAGGACCCACUGCUGUCCCCCGACAAAAUGAUGUCACUGAAGCGCUCCAGCUUCCAUGACAAGUCCAUGUCACGGGCCCUGUCCCACACUGAUGUGUUCGUGCCCACCACGCCAGUUAUGGACCGCUACAAGAUGACAAAAAUGCACUCCCAUCCCAGUGCCUCAAACAAUGCGCAAAACACUUUAAGUAUGAACCAGACUGCCUCAAAGAGGCAGGCGUUUGCCUCCAGACGGACACACACGGUGGAGCAGCUGCACUACAUCCCAGGACACCCCCACCACUACCGCACAGCAAGCAAGACCGAAGUAACUGUCUAAGCCCAGGGACUCUCACAUCAGACCACAGCAGAACCGCAGCAGUGAUGGUAACGGCAAAUGAAGAUGGGAUCAUCGGCGGAUCAGAGCAGUCCCAACAAAUUGUCAUUUUGAGGUACUGGCCACGAUAGGGUGAGAUGAUUUUAAGUAUAUCAACAACAACAAAAUUGUAUUUGUUUUCAGCACCAGCUUUCCAAAUCACCCAGUGUUGCAGUCCUGAUUUUACACACACACACACACACACACACGCACACACACACACACGCACACACGCACACACGAAUGCACGCGCACACACAUAUGCACACAAACACAAAGCAGUAUGUGUACGUGGGUGGCUAAAGGAUGCCUAAGUCAGAUCGGACAGUUCCUGUGUAAUUCAACUUCUGAGUGCAAUU